UAUUAAUAUUUUUUAAAUUUGCUUGUAUUAUUUAUAAAAAAACUUUGCAAAUAAGAAAUAAUGAUUCUUUUUCAUUAAAAAAUUAAUGUUAUUAUACUGCUUGCAAGAAUUAUAUCCAUUAUUUCGUAACAAAUGUUUUCUUGGAUUUAGGAGUAGUGUCAUAACAUUUUACAUUUCAAGGUUGGGAUGGGACUGACACUUGUUUACAUAUUUUAAUUGUUUGAAACCGGUUAAUAUGUUUAUUUUGUGUAUUUUAACAAUACUUACAUUUACAAGUACUUUAUCAGAGCAGGAAUUUUGUCCGAUCGACGAAAAAGAAUCAUGUUCUGAUAAUAAUGAUGCUCAAAAACUAACAGAUUUAGAUAAUAAAUAUCGAAAAUAUUAUGCAGCAAUUGAAGAAGCAGAGCGUAAUUAUCAAGAAUGUAGUUCGAAAAAUUGUGCUUGCUAUAAAAAAGUCAUCAAAAAAGAUCUACAACCAUUCAAAGAAAGUGGUAUAAGUAAAAGUUUCAUAGAAAAUUCCAUAAAUAAAGGAACGGUUUACCAAAUAAUCGAUGGUAAAUUAUAUCGACAAAAAGAUUGCAUGUUUCCAUCGAGAUGUGCGGGAAUUGAGCAUUUUAUUUUGAAACUCGUUGGAAAUAUGAGUAAUAUAGAAAUGGUUAUCAAUACGCGAGAUUAUCCACAAUCUAGUAAACAUUUCGGGCCAAUGUUGCCAAUAUUUUCUUUCAGUAAGACUUCUGAAUUCUAUGACAUUAUGUAUCCAGCCUGGUCAUUUUGGGAAGGAGGUCCCGCUAUUUCCUUGUAUCCACGUGGUUUGGGAAGAUGGGACCAACAUCGUAAAUCUUUAGAUAAAGCAAGUAAAGAUAUUCCAUGGGAGAAGAAAAAAAAUCAAGCUUUUUUCCGUGGGUCAAGAACAAGUUCUGAACGAGAUAAUUUAAUUUUAUUAAGUCGAAAAAAACCACAUCUAGUUGAUGCUCAGUACACUAAAAAUCAAGCCUGGAAAUCUGAUGCUGACACAUUGUAUCAACCUCCAGCUCCGGAAGUUUCUUUAGAAGAACAUUGUAAAUUUAAAUAUCUAUUCAACUAUCGAGGUGUAGCUGCGUCAUUUAGACACAAACAUUUAUUUUUAUGUAACUCAUUGGUUUUUCAUGUUGGAGAUGAAUGGAUGGAGUUCUACUAUUUUUCUAUGAAACCAUGGAUUCAUUACAUUCCAGUAUCUAAAGAUGCUAGUCAGGAAGAUUUAGAAAAUUUGAUAAAGUUUGCUGAAGAUAAUGAAGAAAUUGCAAAAAAAAUUGCUCAACGUGGUCGAGAUUUCAUUUGGGAUAAAUUAAAAAUGGCUGAUAUUAAUUGCUAUUGGAAACAUUUACUUAAUUCGUAUUCGAAACUAUUAAAAUAUGAACCAGUAUUAAGAGACAAUUUGAAAAUCAUAAAAGAAAAGUGAAGGGGUAUUUUAAUUAAUUUAAUUUAUUUUUACAAUGGAUUUUUUGUAAACUAUAUUUAUAAAAGCCUAAUAGUUGGGUUUUUGGAUUUCAAUAAACAAAUAAGCUGACUAUUUAA